GGGGGGGGGUACCAUCACUUGACCCUCCUCCUUGGGUUUCAUUCAGUGAUGGAGCUUAGUGUUCUGGUAGAACCUGUCAUGUUACAAACAGAACACUACAAACAUUUGGACCUCUCUGGACUCAAACCCUCUGCGUUGUUCCUGAAGAUCCCGGCCCGGUUUGGUUUGUAAUCACAGGUCCAGGUCUGUGGCUUCCAUCAAACGCCUGCCGUCCUCCUGAUGGACUGUGGUGCUGGUGUCCAAAAACUGGUUACUGAUGACCCGGUACUGCGGUUCAGGAAAAAGGAAACCAAACUCUCUUAAUCGUCCAAUCAGCUGCGGCGUUGUUGUCUGAGUUCUCAGGAAGCUUGAGUGAGGCUGCACAGUGAGUGACGUCUGAUUGGCUGCUAUGAUCACAUGACAUGGAGACCAAAAACUCUCCUGGUAGAACGUGUCCACCUAAAUGUCACAUCUAAACCUCCCUGGAGCAGAAACUGAGGUGGGGGAGCUGGUGGUGGAUAACUGCCGCUGCAGCGACGGUGAGGUGGAGGGUCUGUCGGAGGAGUUCACGGAGCUGGAGGUCCUCAGCAUGGCCAACGUCGGCCUCAGCUCGCUCGCCAAGAUGCCGCCGCUGCCCAAACUGCAGAAGCUGGAGGUCAGUGAGAACGCCAUCAGUGGUGGUCUGAACGCGCUGGUGGAGAAGUGUCCGGGUCUGACCCACCUCAACCUCAGCAGCAACAAGCUGAAGGAGCUGAGCAGCCUGGAGCCGCUGCAGGGCCUGAAGGCCCUGAAGAGUCUGGACCUGUACGGCUGCGACGUCUCCUCUCUGGACGACUACAGGGAGCGCGUCUUCCAGCUGCUGCCGCAGCUCACAUACCUGGACGGCUUCGACCAGGAGGACAACGAGGCGUCCGACAACGAUGAGGAGGAGGAGGCCGGUCCACACGGGGAUGAUGGAGAGGAGGAAGAUGAUGAAGACGAAGGCUCUGAAGGAGAGGAAGACGAAGUGGGCCUGUCCUACCUGAUGAAGGAGGGCAUCCAGGAUGAAGAUGACGAUGGAGACUAUGUUCAGGGAGAGGAGGAGGAGGAAGAGGACGAAGAUGAGGAUGGAGGUGAGACUGUUACCCCCCCUCAUGAGCGCAGACGAAGCUGCAGCUCCAGGUCAGGGGGAGAAGAGGAAGAGGGACGCAGAAGACGAGGGGGAUGAAGAUGAAGACGAGUAGCCACCUUCCCCCCCUGCACCUGCAACCCCCGUGACCCGGUCUGGGCGUGGCCUAAGGCUGCAGGCGGGGCAUGUGGCUCUGAGAUCAGGACUCUGCUGCUGGCAGAUGACACCCGUUCCCGUGGUAACAGGGUGCAGCAGAUCCAGCUGGACGUGAUGGACCUCAGGUUCCACCUGGAUCCAGAUCAAGGUUCUGCUGAGUUCUGGCGGUGCCUUGGUUGUUGGUCAGCAGAACAGCAGGUGGUGCCACUUCCCAGCCCUAGAUCCAAUUAGAACUGCCUCCAGAGGAGCUGAACCGUUCAGAUGGAUCAGAACCGACCCAGAGACAACCCCUCCAUCCCCUCAGUCCAACCUUUGAACCCACUACACUUCCCAUGAGCCUCAGCUGCUGUUACCACGGAGAUGUUCUGUUCAGAGACAUAAAGAUCCUGAUUGGACUUAUGGUUCCAGCUUCAAACUUUUUCAAAGAACUUGUUAAAUAAGCCCCGCCCCCUCGACCCUCCUGCACCUACCUGCUGCUUUGGGUUGGGCGCUGGUCCGGUUCCUGUGGGUCUGUGGUCCAUGUGGAUGAGAAGCGAAUUGGUUCGCUCCCCGACGGUUUAUUUUUAUAUUCCUGUUUGUUGUUUCUGAAUAAAACUUGAGGAAGCCCCUCCCCCUCUG